AUGCGGUUACCAAAGGGCCGCAGUAUUUUAACCGUAUGGCUUUUAACUUGUUCAUUCUACGUAGGAUUAUAUGCACAAAGUGAACAUGAAGCAGAAUCAUUACCGGACGAUACUGUAAAGGAGCCUUUCGAACUCACAGAUGACCUUAGCAGCAGCUUACACGCGAAUUCCUCUUCGGAAGAACGUCGACCGGAGCCUGAACAGGCAAAAACGGAACCUAUGGUCGACUCGCAUUCUCAUCCAGUACCGCAAUCUGAACCACAACCGGAUCCCGUACCGAUGGAAAAAGCUACCUCUUCACUCCUACUCACAUCUGAAGCUCCAGGAUCCGAACCAGAACCAGCAAUAAAAUUUGAUAACAUUCAAACAGAGGAUUAUGGAGAUGUUGUUGAAUUGAAAAACCAGCCGGAUGACCUUGACACCGAAGUUAUCGAACAAUUGGUGGAUCGCUUCCUCAACACGGGCUCACUACAAGAUAAGAAUGCUCCAAAAUUCGCUAAUCCAGCCGCUCAAGCUCUUGUUGGUAGCAGUAAGUACUGGAAGACAGACGGGCUCAAGGAGCCAGGAUCAAUUAAAGACGAAUCAGCUAUAAAAGAAUGGAUUGAGGGAUACCAAGUAGAAGCGCAAAAGGUGCUUAAAGAAGUCGCCCAAGCAGGAUGGAAGUACUUCAGCCAUGCAUCACAAGGCGCUAAGCAAAGUUUGAACGAAGCAGAACAGGUUUUAUCCCGAUUCGUUCGUUCGACUUCAAUGCAAGCUAAGCAGUUCGAUAUGGAAUCAAUCAAGGAUCCAGCGCUAAAACGGCAACUAGCAUAUGUAUCAUUUGAGGGGAUGUCCGCUUUGUCACCGGCCGACUACGCAGCUUUCAACCAAGCACAAAAUUCUUUGAACCGAGUCGCUUCCGAUGUAACCAUUUGCGACAAAGACCUACCUCCACCAUGCGCACUGAAAAAGAUUGAUUUGGAGUCGAUAUUCCGAAAUGAGAAAGACGCUGCACGAUUGUCACAUUUAUGGAUAUCCUAUUUGACUGAGCUAGCUCGUGAAAAGCCUACCUAUCAGAAGUUAAUUGAACUCAGCAAUAAAGGAGCUAAAGCAAAUGGAUUUUCGGAUGGUGGUGCUAUGUGGCGAAGCGCUUUCGAUUUAUCUGGCAAGAACACGCCUAAAGUGAUUGAUCUGAAUGCUCAAAUAGAAAAUAUUUAUACAAAAAUAGAACCUUUAUACAAGCAGUUACAUGCUUAUAUGCGACGUCAAAUUGCUGGAAUUUAUGGUAAUCCAACCGGACUUAGCAAAAACGGACCAAUUCCAGCUCAUUUGUUCGGAUCUGUCGACGGUGGUGAUUGGUCAGCACACUACGAACAAACAAAACCGUACGAUGACGAGUCAACACUCCCUGAGGAUAUGCUCUUCUCAUUCCACACACAGAAUUACACAACUAAACAGAUGUUUGUGAAAGCUUACCGCUAUUUCAAAUCAGUCGGUUUCCCUUCAUUACCGAAAAGUUUCUGGACAAACUCACAUUUUGCUCGUGUUUGGAGCAGAGAUAUGAUUUGCAAUCCACCAGCCGCUUUAGACAUGAGAGAUGGAAUGGAUUUUAGGGUGAAAUCAUGCGCACAGUUAGGUAUGCCAGAUUUCGAAUUGGCCCAUUCACUCAUGGCACAAGUCUACUACCAGUAUAUGUACAGAGAACAGCCGCUGCUGUUUAGAGAACCUGCAUCGUCCUCUGUUACUGAUGCUAUUGCUAAAGUAUUCGCACAUUUAUCCACGAAUCCGCACUAUUUGUUCUCACAGAAACUUGUUAACUCCUCACAUUUGGAUAUCAAAGACUCGUGGAUAAUCAACAAACUGUUUAGGGAAGCACUAGAAUAUUUUGCUAAAUUGCCUUUCGAUAUUGUUGCUGAUAAAUGGAGAUACGAGCAGUUUGAAGAGAAAAUCCCGCAUGGAAAAAUCAACGAUCGUUGGUGGGCAUUAAGGACCAAAUAUGAAGGAAUUCGUGCACCUCAACCGUACAACUCGUCCAAUGUUGAUGCACUUAUGCACAACGCAAUUUCACAGGUUCACUCACCAGCUACAAGAGGUCUCAUUAGUUAUGUUGUUCAGUUCCAAAUAUUAAAAGCUAUGUGCCCACCCGGAACUAUCCUGAGCGAAGGUUGCAUACUAUCAGAAGAUACCACAGAGAAACUUCGCGAAACAAUGAUGAAAGGAUCUUCCAUUACAUGGCUGAAAGCUCUAGAACUUAUUACUGGAAAAGCUGAGCUCGAUCCUACACCUUUACUGGAAUAUUUUGAACCAUUGGCGAAUUGGCUAAGAAAUACCAAUGAAAUCGAUCAGACGAUACUUGGAUGGGAUGGCGACGGAGCUCUUUUUACAGCGGAAGAGAUCCCUAAGCCAAGAACUGGUAUGGAUGGUGGAAGUGGUAUACUCAGUGAAGAUCGUGUUGCUUUCCCUGGUGGUCUCUGUGCUAACGGACAGGAGUGUCUAUUGGAUUCACAUUGUAACGGAACCAUUUGUGUAUGCAAUGAAGGUUUAUUUACACUAGAAAUAGGAUCGACGGUUAACUGCGUCCCGGGUAACCCUGCUGACAGUGGAUUCGGAGACGGAAAGGGUGGACUAGUAAUCGGUUUAUUCUCGUCUGGGACAACAGCUCAUCCUGAAACAGAGUCGACAUCGACCAGAAAAACGCCAACGACAUCAGCAAAAUCCUCUGCUCCUGCUGUGUGGACGAUGUCAUCACUUCUUCUUGCUAUUAGUUUUUGCUUACUUCACUAA